UUAUCUGAACUGAGUGAGCUGUCUGCUCACUUUAACUGCACAGUUGUGGGUGUGUUCACUCUUGUCUGAAAAGGUUUGACAGUCAUUUCCAUAACAAGCCAGAGUGAAAGCACACAGUUAUCGUUCUUCCAGUGGCAAAGCAGAGGAGUCUUAAACACAUCCAGCACAGGUCAGCACAGUUUAGGUUACCCUAAAAUGGCAGUUUAGUCAUAGUCAGAUUAAUUUUGUCAGAACUUUAACUUGUGCGAACUGAAGAUAUUUGCUGGUCUACAAAAAGCUCAGAGGGGGUGUAUCAGCUCGAAUUGUGCCUCUGCAGAUCUUCAACAUGACGGCUGCCAGCUAUCUUCUGACUGAAGAACAGCUUUUGUGCUGCAUCUGUCUGGACGUCUUCAGGGAUCCCGUCACACUCCCAUGUGGACACAACUUCUGCAAACAUUGCAUCACGGAGCAUUUGAAUUUUAAUUCCCAGCGCAAGUGUCCCAUGUGCAAAGAGCAUGUGGAUAGGAAAUAUAAGCUUGGUGUGAAUACUUUUAUAUCUGACAUGGCUGUUCAGUUUAGAAAAACAGUUGGAAAGAAAGCCGGUGAUAGCGAUGCCACACCAGAAAAAGUUUUUUAUAAUGCUCCUGCUGCACCUAAAUGGACAUCUCUGAAGAUCUGGUUGUUGAUGACUCUUGGCUUAACUUGUUUGACACUCUUCUUUGUAGCUAAUCUACAUUUUCAUCAAGCAUUGUCCAUCUUAAAAACUCACCAGCUGUUUAAUUUUAUGGAGAAGGAAGAAGACAGGAUGUGUGCUGAACAUGACAAACCUUUGGAGUUCUAUUGCAAGAAUGAACAAAUGAUCAUAUGUCAGUCAUGUGUGGACACAGAUCACAGAUUUCACCAGGUAGUUCCCCUGAAAGAAGAAUAUGAAGCAAAAAAAACACAACUUGGGAUAACAGAGGCUAAAAUUCAGCACAUGAUCCAAGAGAGACAAAGAAAAGUCCAGGAGCUUAAACAAUCCUUGAAGGUCAGCACAGAAGCUGCAGACAGAGAGACGGCAAAUGGUGUUCGGGUCUUCUCGGCUCUGAUUAAGUCUCUGGAAAGAGCUCAGGCAGAGCUAAUUGAGAUGACUGAAAAGAAUCAGAAAAGGACAGAGAAACAGACCAAAGUUUAUAUCAAAGAGCUGGAGCAGGAGGUCUUUGAGCUGACGAGGAGACGUGCUGAGAUGGAGGAAAUCUCACGCUCUAAAGACCGUCUUCGUUUCCUCCAGAGCUUCCCGUCCCUGAAUGCCGCUCCACCCACCAAAGACUGGACAGAUGUCAGCAUCUGUCCAGCAAAAUACGAGGGAAUCACAAGGACCGCUUUGGUGAAAGCUGUGGAUGAGCUGACAGAGACCAUCAAAAAUGAGAUGAAGAUGAUACGGGAUGCUCAGUUCAACAACCUUCGACAGAAUGCGGCGGAUGUUACUUUGGAUCCUGAUACGGCACAUCCUGCUCUCAUCCUGUCCAAUGAUGGGAAGCAAGUUCAUUGUGGGGAUGAAUGGAAGAAACUGCCAGACAGCUCAAAAAGAUUUGAACCUGCAAUUUCUGUUUUAGGGACACAAGGCUUCUCCUGUGGAAGACUUUACUAUGACGUCCAGGUUAAAGGAAAGACUGGGUGGACUUUAGGAGUGGCCAAAGGGUCGGUCAAUAGGAAGGGAGAAAUUAAACUAAACCCAGAGAGCGGCUACUGGACUAUAUGUCUGAGGAACAGAAAUGAGUACUUUGCACUUGCUGCCCAUCCUGUCCCUCUCUCUGUGAAUGAUCCCCCAGAGAAGGUGAGAGUUUUUGUGGAUUAUGAGGAGGGUUUGGUUUCCUUUUAUGAUGUAAAUGCUGCAGUUCUUCUUCACUCAUAUACUGGCCAAAUCUUUAAUGAGAAACUUUACCCAUUUUUCAGUCCUGGUACUAGUGACAGUGGCACAAACACUGUUCCUCUAAUCAUCACUCCCUUCAAACAACAAAGACUGGACUAAACCUUUUUUAGAACUAGUAUAUUUUGGUGUUUAGUUGUAAUUUUGUUUUAGUUGGCAGUCCUUGAAGGUAUACUCUUGGUUUAGGUGUAAAGGAGGCUCACUAAAAUCAAUGUUUCAUUGCGAAAAGCAGGCAUUUAGAAAGAAAGGAGAUGCAAAUUCUUUCAAAGGCAUUUUUCAUUCAGGUAAAUGUGUGAACCUUUAAGUUGUAAAACGUCUUGAUGCAUUCUCAAUCAUCCAGGUAAGUAAAUCUCCAAAAGUUGAUU